CGUGACAAAGGAACAAGUGAAUAAUGUUAUGUAUUGUUAUUCGUGCUAGUAGUCGUAGCACGAAGACGAUGUUGCCAAAUCUAAGUGGAAACAAGCUGUCAUUGUCUGAGAAAGUGUUGAAGGGAAAUUUGCUGAAGUCUAAAUGAUAAGUAAACCCGAAGUGUUGCUGUGACCACUCAACAGUGUUUGAUAAGCUGCAAUGAGUGACACACAAACCCUUCAAGCCGUUGACCGUCAGGGGGCGCUACAACACACUUGCUCAUGUGUUUACGAUGAAUGUGUGGGGGCUACUGGCACUUAUCGGUCCUGUUAGCUUUUCUAAACUGUGUCAGUGAUUUUGAAGAAUUGGAUACACCUCAGAUACCGCAGAAGACACCAAACUAAGAUUCUGCUGCAAGAGCCGGUAGCUUGCGUGGGUCGUAGUAGUAAUCACCGUUUCGCCUUUCGGCUAAGGUAGCUAAGGUCAGCUAGCUAGAAAGCAGCGGUGUCAUAACAGCACAGACACCUGUUAUAGUGGCCCAGUAAUCUUCGUCAGACAGGACACACAUGGAUCGAAACAGCACAGUGUUCCCCGUACAGCUUUACAUUUAUGAUCUGUCGAGGGGGAUGGCGCGCCAGCUGAGUCCUAUAAUGCUAGGGAAGCAACUCGACGGGAUUUGGCAUACGUCCAUAGUGGUUUACGGGGAAGAGUUUUUCUUUGGUGGCGUGGGCAUCUCCAGCUGUCCACCGGGGGGGACAAUGCUAGGCCCACCAGAUACAGUCGUGGAUCUGGGGAACACUGAGGUGACAGAGGAGAUUUUCAUGGACUACCUGUCCUCUCUUGGGGAGACCACAUACAGAGGGGAGAGGUACAGGCUGUUUGAGCACAACUGUAAUACCUUUACGAAUGAAGUGGCUCAGUUUCUGACUGGUAGGAAAAUUCCUUCCUACAUCACAGACCUGCCAUCUGAGGUGCUCUCCACGCCAUUUGGUCAAGUUUUGAGGCCUAUCCUGGACUCCAUUCAUAUUGCGCCCCCUGGUGGAAAUGUCAUCAACAGCCAAAAUAAUCACAGCUAGAUUUCUUUAACCAGCUCUGUGUACUUUCAGCUUAUACACAAACACACACACCCACAGCUCAUGCACACAUACACAAUGCAUAACAACACAUUUAUACCAGCAUAUAGAUGCUGUUUGAUACCACACACAUUGCCAGCUUGUGGGUGUGUUUAACCAGCUAUGUCAGAUUGACAGGGCUGUAGUGAGAUCAGUUCUAGUCCUGUGCUCUCCCAUCUUCCUCAAACUGUACUGACAAGCAAGACUGAUCUUGAGACAGAAUCAGUGGGAACAUACUAAAAAUGUUUACAAAUAUGGCUUUGUGAAUCACUGAUUGUUAUUUUGAAGGUACUGCAUAUAAGCACUGAAGUCUUUGUUUUAACUCAAAUGAAAUUGCUUGUGAGUGAAUGUUCAA